AUGUUCGUAGCGCUACCAGCUGUUGUGUCGGCACGCGUGGUGCAACCGCUUGUGACGCCCACCAGCGUGAAACGGCGUGUGGGACGGCGCACGCAGAGGCCGCCGCUUCGCAGACUUCCGUCUCCGGUGAUGAAGGUUCGCAAAAAGUCCGUGGACGAGGAGGAAGAAGCAAUUCGCAAACCAUCAUCGCUAGAGCCUGAACAGACGUUCUAUGAUGGACCGCCUUCCUGGACGGAGUUGCUUCUGCCGGGGCUUUCGAUUCUCACGGUUAUCGGCGUGAUACCUUUCGCGGCAGCGCUAGCGCGACAGUACUGGGUUCGUUACCGUAUUUCGAACCGCAGCAUAUACGUUCGGGCAGGAUUCAUGGGUCGUGAUGAAACCGAAGUAGUUUAUCGUGAUAUUGAGGAAGUACGAUACGUUCGAAGGUUCGGCGGUAUCUCCGCAGACUACGUGAUUCUGCUCAAGGGCGGAGCGAGGCUGGAGCUUCGAGCAGUUCCUGACUUUGAUAAGACGUAUACGUUUAUCAUGCAAAGAGUAAGCGAGGAAGCGCGCAAAAGAAGCAAUUAUACCAAAGAGAAGCCAUCUGACUGA